GCCAAUGUGUACAAUUCAUGGUAUUUAUCCACUUGCAUCACGAAAGAAUAGGUGAAAAUAACAAACAUGAACAUAAUCUUCACACUUCCGUACGAAGAGAACUAAUAAAGCAACUUGAAUAAUCGAACAUUUGAAUAAUUGUGAAGUUAUAACGAUUCUAAAAUACAGGCACAGAAAACUUGGGUUUGACAUUCUUGCAGGAAUAUCAUCAACGAUGGAGGAAAGGCGCGUUGCAGAUUACUUUGUAGUAGCUGGAAUGACCGACCAGCCAAAACUGCUAAAGGAAAACAUUUUCAACGACUCAUCGCACUUACGAUCGACUAACAGUAUCGAUCCAAUAACAGACAUAGGAGUAUAUUUUCCUUCUCUUGGUGAAAAAAUUCCUGCUGAUUACGAAAUCCUUGAAAACACCCCCUCGGGACUAUUAGCCGAUUUAAAUUACGGUUCUGUGCGCACCAUCGGUUGCUUUAUUUACUAUCGACGUGGAAAGGAUAAGCCGCCUUUGGUCGAUAUAGGUGUGAUGUACGAAGGCGCAGAACGUAUCAUGGCCGAUGCCGAGAUCGUUCUUAGUACACCUGGGGAUCGGUUGGCGAAUGUAAACAACUCCUCUGCCAAAACAUUUCUAACGUUUAGACGUGCUACCACGGAUAUGCCUUGCAAUGAACUUGUUGUAACUGAUUUGUGCGUCGUGAUACCUUCAAAAGGUGAAAAACCACCUCAUGCGUUUUGCAUGAUCCACAAAACACUUAACAAAGGUAUCAUGGGAAGUGAUGUCUAUUUGUGUUAUAAAAAAUCAAUGAACCGUCCGAAAUUGAUCAGCUACGAACCAGAAAUUUUGCAUCGUUAUCCAACGUAUGAUCAUAACGAUUUUCCGCUAACGCUGUGUCCAAGUGUACCGUUAUUUUGUCUACCAAUGGGUACAACUUUGGAAACGUGGCCCCAUGUACCGGGAGGGGACGGAAAGAUGAAAAGAAAACCCAUUCAGCCUAUCUUUAGUACGUUUGUUUUGACCGUUAACGAUGGAACAUACAAAGUCUAUGGAUCAGCAUUAACGUUCUACGAGGACUUCAGUGAAAAACAUUUAAAUGGACAACAGCGGGAAUUACUGGAUUGGACUGAGGAGUCGCAUAAGACCCAUUCACUGCAUGUGAACAAAUCCAUUUGUAUUUUGUCAAGAUGGCCGUUUGGAGAUACUUUUGAGAAAUGGCUUCAAUUCUUACAUCAAUUAUCUAUUCUCGACGAAAAACUACCUGUGCCUAUCGAACGGUAUAUUACUCAUUUGCUCGAUGAGGUGCCUUUUCCUUCCCCAAGCAUUUUGCUACAGCUUUCUACGCUGAGUAACAAUAGAGUUCUCUUAACGCUACCAGAAGAUUCACCUCUGCCACGGAGUGGUGCUGGGUUUCGUCAACUUCUAUCCAAUCUUGGCCCUGAAAACUGUCUGCAUGUGCUUUUACUGGUUUUAACAGAACAAAAGUUGCUUAUACAUUCAUUACGUCCAGCAAUACUGACGGCAGUAGCAGAAGCAGUGUCGUCGUUUUUAUUUCCUUUCAAAUGGCAGUGUCCAUAUAUACCUCUAUGCCCACUAGGCUUAGCGGAGGUGCUGCACGCGCCAUUACCAUAUCUGAUUGGAGUAGAUUCGCGUUUUUUUGAUCUGUACGAACCGCCAAACGAUGUGACUUGUGUGGAUCUUGAUACAAAUAAUAUCAGCCUGUGCGAAUCGCAGAAACAUCUCACGACCAAGUUGUUGCCGAAAAGGGCGGCUAGGGUCCUUCGCCAGACUCUGCGUAACUUGGAAGAAAUGAGUCAAAAUCAUGGAUGUGAUUCAAGCAAUAGCUUAGAUCGAGACUUGAAGAAGCGAAAAAGAGAACAAAAUUUAGAGCAACGGAUCCAAGAAGCGUUUUUGCAGUUCAUGGCAUGUACUUUGAAGGGUUACAGAGAUUAUCUGGUACCUAUAUCGAAGGCGCCUACGAUUGGUGCAACGGAUCCUAGUGCAUUGUUUCGUAUGGAUGCAUUUCUACGAUCUCGCGAUAAAACAAACCAUAAAUUUUUUCAGCUUCUCAUGAAAACACAAAUGUUCAUCAGAUUUAUCGAAGAGCGUUCAUUUGUUUCGGACAGUGACCACAAUUUAGCAUUUUUCGAUGAAUGUGCCGAAAAAGUUAGUGCAUACGAAGAUACACAAACUGAGAUAAAACUCAUUGAAUGGGACUCGGGACAGAGUAGUGAGCGUACUAAGUUUAUUCUGCCCCCCGAAUGCCAGCCAGGUCUGUCGGAUCAAUUGUAUACGUACAGUUCCUUUACGCUUGACCCAUUGUUGUUAAAGCAAACGCGCAGAAGUGUAAUCGAUAAUGCACUUCAGCAUCAUAGUAGUCUAGCACCGGGAUCUCCGAUGGCGCGACGAACUAAGCAUGAAAUAAAAACGGCUCAAAAGCUAGCUCGUAAACAUCAAGGGAAUCCGGAGUUGUGGGCAAAACAUUUGCUUGCCACGUGCUACUCUAUAUACUUCAUCGUGUUACCAAGUUUGAUAUCAGAAAAUACCGGUCGCGAGCAUUCGGUGCUAAAAGAGGCAUACGAUUUACUUAGCAAAGCCUGCAGGUUGAAGGUACCAUGUGAUGAAGUUUGCUAUCGCAUUAUGAUGCAACUGUGCGGAUUGCACAAUCUUCCUGUCUUGGCCGUUCGAUUGCAUUACUUAAUGAAAAGAUCGGGUAUUCAACCUAACGCUUUGACGUAUGGUGUUUAUAAUCGGUGCGUUUUGGAAGCUCAGUGGCCAUCAGACUCAAUUUUAUCUUCGCAAAUGCGCUGGAAUAGACUACGUAAUAUUGUAAUUGGCGCAGCACAUUUCAAACGAGCAGGCAAAAAAUGCGCCGAUCGUCGACGACUCUCUUUAUCAAACGAAAAUAAUGUGAUAGGCUGUACAUUACAGUCCGUCGAAGGCGCAUCGAGAACUAGCCUGGAUUCUGGAUAUUCGCAAGCAGAACAAAAUGUCAAUGUAACGCUCGAUUUUUCGGCUUUUGACAAGCUUCGUGGAAGAAUUGGAGCAAUUGUAAGGCAAAAUACAACCCCUGGUCAUCAAGAAUCUUCUGAUGUACUAUCGAGUGCUGGAUUAUUGAUUAGCGGCGAAGCGAACCAUCAUCACAAACUACAGUCCAAUGCCGCAAUUGUGAGUGAUGGCAAAGAAUCAACUGCUGUAUAUAAAAAAACACCACCUACGAACUCUUGUGACCUUAGUCCGCGCAUGCUAGCAAAAGUUGAUAGUUUUGCUGGAGACUCGAAAUUUAUAGAUAAAUUACAAAAGCAAAUUAAAGGCGAUGGAAUUAAAGCAAAGAGGACACUCGAGUUUAAUGAAAAAGAAGAAAGUAGUGCUAAUGACGCGUUAAAUUUGUCGAAGGAAACUAAUCCAAAGGGCAGUCCCACAAAAAUAUCGCCUCGCACCCUGGUCACGCAGGGUGAUCCAUUAGGCGCGUUAAACGAUAAUGCAGCUGUAGAGAGCGAGAUCAAUUGCGAACCUGUAGAUGAGACAGUUGAUCGAUGUGAAAUAAGUAACAACAACAGUAUUUAUACCGAUCAACCCAUUUUAUUCAAAGGACAGCGCUCGGCAACAUUUGACGAUUCUACACAACUCAAUAAGAGCAUGCAACGGUCAGAAACUAUGCCCAUGACCAGCACAGCCACAUCAGGAUUUGGAAGUUUGGGGUCAACAUUAAAAUUUAAUUUUGGCCGAUACUCACCCGCACGUAUGUCAAUGAAAAAAGACUUGAAAUCGUUAUCAACAAACAUGAUAGAAAACAUUACUAACAUAAGCCCCAGUCUCACAGGGAAAAAGUCGAAUGAAAUUAUACAAAGUGGAAUCAGCAGCAUAAAAAGUGCUGCCAGCUCCGUAGCAAAAAAAUUAGAUGAUAUCAAGGAAGCCAUAUCGGCAAAUACAACGCCUGUAAAGACUGGUACCGGUUUGAACAGCACGAUAGAGAGAAAUGGCCAUGGCUCGGAAAACGAUCUUCAUCAACACGACGAUACGACGAUGGCAUUAAAUGGCAACCGUUCAAGGCGUGUGUCCAGUGAAUUUGACCUAUGGGGACGUUUUAGCGAAUCGCGAAAAUCCAGUUACAAUAAUUUAGUUCCCUUGGGUGAGAAUGCCACAUCCACUAGCAGCUUAAAUGCAUAUCCAACAUUUCCGGACAACAUUUAUCCUAUCAUUAUAGAGGGAGGAGAGUCAGAUGUAGAUGUUUUAAUAGAAAUAACAUCUUGUUCGCAAUGCCACAAUUGUUCAGUACUCUUAUAUGACGAAGACGUUAUGGCAGGAUGGUCGGCGGAAGAUUCUAAUUUGAACACCACAUGUAAUGCAUGUAGCAAAGUGACAGUGCCAUUUUUGAAUGUGCAAAUAAUUUCGAAAGAUCAAAAUCAGGACCAUCGAGAAGACAAAUCUUCACCGCGUACGUCUUCAAAGAAUCAACAGGACAUGAUAAGCGUGCCAUAUUUAAAUCCGCUCGUAUUACGGAAAGAAUUAGAAAACAUCCUAAGUGAAGAAGGAGAUCUGGCACUAACUAAAACAAAAUUUGUUGAGGAACAUCCUAUUAUAUAUUGGAACUUAGUAUGGUUCAUGGAUCGGAUUGAUGUUAACACCCAUCUUGCAAAUCUUGUUCUACCUAAUCAGGAGGAUGACAAAGCCGAUCCUUUAAGUAAUGUAAAAUCAAUUGAAGUCCAUUGCUUGUGGGACAAUCCUAGACUUCAUUCUGAGGCGGGACCGGCAAUGUAUAUGUUGUGGCGUCAAAAUCAACCUGAUAGUACGUUAUUGAAAGCUCUACUCACUGAUCAAACGUCGAUUAAUCGAUCUGUGAUGCAACAAAUAAUAGCCUCUAUUCGUUGCAACGAUUUGUUAACUCCGGUAAAACGAUUAGCCAAUGAGAGACAAAAGCUGAAACAUCGAGGUGUUGAUAGAACGCACUCAAUUUACCGCGACAUGUUAUUUCUAGCAUUCGUCGAGAUAGGCAGGGCUGAUAUCGAUCUUAUAUCGUUUCAUCGUGAAUAUGCUGCGGUAUUCGAUAAAUUGACUGAGAAGGAAUGUAACACAUUUUACCGUAGUCAGGAUCUGCCGCCGUCGUCUACAGCCAUAUUUUGUCGUGUUUACUUCAAACCGCUGCUUUUGCCCUGACCUUUGUUUCCAUGCAGCUUAUGCAUGUUUGUGUCGCAUCGUUGGUAACAUAAAUGGUUAACUGGGUUUUAGUAACAUUUCAUAGUUUUUAGUUUAUUUUAUGUAGAGCUACGAGCAAAAGAUGUUUGGAAUAUUUGUCUUCAUAUUGCAUUGAAAGUACGGUUAUGAUAAUAAGUUUGCAGGUUUUUUUUUUUCAAAGAGUCAAGACGUGGGAUUGAACUAAUUCAAUCGUUGUAAAUUUAGUGUCAGUGCAAUGUAAAUAUGCUCAUUUUCAUUCCUGGUUAAAAUAGCAGCGAAUAACUUAGGAAAAUUGACACACACUAUACUGAACCUAAGGUUCUUAUAAUAAAAGAUUAAAAAAAAUCAUGAAUAAUGUUAUGGCUUCAAUAGCAAUGAAAUAGGAUCUCGCGUGCCCUGCCUACUACAGAUUUGUGUAUACUUAUUAUAUACUACAUUAAAUGUGAAGGGUGUUAGAACUUACUUUGGAUUUGUAUUGACAUCGAUUUUCAUUUUAACUUUGUAGUUAAACAUGAGGUUAUUCAAGGUCCUAUGAUUCGCAACGUCCAUUUAAUUUUGUUUGUAUGGUUCACAACUUUAAGGAACUGGUAGAAAUAUAUGCGCUUUUAACAUCACAUACAGUA